AACAGCCCUAAGCGCAGACGCGUGCGCGGACCUACGGCACGCGCGGAGCAGAGGAGGGAAAACAAGACGCCAUUUUGUGCCGCGGUUUCGCGCUUUCCUUCGACGAUGAGGCCGGGCUGGAUCCCUCCGGCGAGGCCGGCCCUUUUCCUCUUCGCCUUGGUGCUUCUGGCGAGGCCGGUCGGCGCCUAUAAGUUGAAUGUGCCGAAGGUGUUGUUGCCCUUCAGCCGGGACAAGCGCGUUCCCUUCGUGCUGGGCGCUGAGGGCGGUUGCUACUCCUGGUACUCCACACGCCACGACACAGUCACCAUUGAGCCAGUGUACGAGAAUGGUACUGUUUGCUCACAGAAGGCUUUGCUGACCACCUGCUCUACACAGGCCACAAAGCUGGCCAGUGUGAUCAUAGCAGAGGAGACAGUGACAGGUCACUUGCUGCGUUGCGAUGUCAUUGUGGAUCUCAUAGACCAUGUUGAAAUCAUCUCCCGAACUCGAGAGAUCUAUGUGGAAGAUUCCCCGCUUGAGCUGAGUGUGAGAGCUCUAGAUGCUGAAGGGAACACAUUCAGCAGCUUGGAAUGGCUGGAAUUUGAGUGGAGCAUCGCCAAGGACGAUGAGAUGGAAAACGUGGAACCGUCAAGCAAAAUUAGGAUUUUAAAAUAUUCUGAAGCAGAAUAUUCUCCACCAGACUACGUAGUUGAGAUGGAAAGAGAGGAGAAACAAGGAGAUAGGAUUCUGGUGUCAGGAAUCAAAACAGGCGCGGCAGUCGUAAAGGUCCGAAUACAGGAGCCUGUUUACAAGAAAGUCGCUGCCGCCCUGGUGCGUCUGUUGGUUUUGGAGAACAUAUUCUUAAUCCCUUCCUAUGACGUCUACCUGCUGGUUGGAGCCUACAUUAAGUACAAAGUUGGCAAAAUAGUUCAGGGAAAGAUCACAGAGGUGGAAUUGCCCCUGGAGCAUUAUGUGCUGGAACUGCAGGAUGAAGUCAAAGCAUCUGACAGGUCCGAACUCCUCCCUGUGGCCCGACUGGAUGCAAAGACAGCUACCAUCACCGCCAUUCAGCUGGGACAGGUUAACCUGGUCUUAGUCCACAAAAACAUCCACAUGCGAGGAUCAUCUGGACUCCCCAACUGCAGCAUAUAUGUGGUAGAGCCUGGAUUUUUAGGUUUCACCAUCCAGCCUGGCAACAGGUGGACACUUGAAGUGAAGCGAGGGUAUACCAUCACAGUUGAAGUGUAUGAUAAAUCAAGCACCAAGAUCUACCCAUCUGAUAAUCUCCGGAUAACUCACAAGUUUCCUGAGGAAUAUUUUGAUGAGUUUACGUCUUCAGUGAACGGUUCCUACCACAUUGUUCAGGUUCUGAAGGAUGGCAUCACCAUAAUUAAAGCCACGCUGGUGUCUGUUCUCCUCCAGGAGGGUUCAGAAGAUUUCUUAGUAUCCCCCAUCAGCCAUGAGCAAGAAGUGAAGAUUUACCUUCCCAUCACGCUGACGCCCUCCUUCUUGGCCUUCCCGCACCAUCCUCUGGAUGUCUUGUAUCGCUACAGAGUUCAGGUAGAGGGAGGCAGCGGCAACUUCACCUGGACCUCUUCCAACCAGACAGUGGCCACCGUCACUGUCAAAGGGGUGGUCACGGCAGGGCUCGUUGAGGGGCAGAGUGCUGUGCAAGCCAGAGAUGUGCAGAACCCCUUCCAUUUUGGCGAAAUAAAGGUGUACGUGCUCAAGCUCUCGAAGAUGGAGUUCUUGCCGUUCCACGCAGACAUUGAGAUCGGACAGACCUUGGAACUUCCUCUCAUGAUGUAUCACGUCACAAAGGAGACAGGGGAGACCAUCGCUUUCAGUGACUGCUCCCUCUUAGCCCUGGAUGUCAGCAUGGAUAAGCAAGGAGUGUUUGCCUUAGAUGAAGAGGGUAAGCAGAAAGCCGGCCCAGCCUUCUGCUCCAGCAUCCAGCUAGCAGCAAAGUCUCUCGGGCAUACAUUGGUGACAGCCAGCGCCACCGUCUACGAGGAGUAUUUUGAAACUAGUGCCACCUUUGCUGCUUACGAGCCACUCAAGGCUGUGAACCCUGUGGAGGUGGCUCUGGUGACCUGGCAUUCGGUGAAGGAAAUGGUGUUUGAGGGAGGACCCAGCCCGUGGGUUUUGGAGCCAUCCCGCUUCUUCCUGGAGCUCAGAGUGGAGCAUGAGGACAAAGUCCAUGUGAUGGAGGUUCGGUUGCCGGCCAAGAGGAAGCAAAGCCAGUAUAUUUACCGGAUCACAUGCCGGGAGUUGGGGGAACAGGUGUUCACGUUCCAUGUGGGCAAUCAUCCGGGCGUGCUGAACCCCAGUCCCGCUGUAGAGAUGGUGCAGGUGAGGUUCAUUUGUGCCCACCCUGCCAGCAUGGCCGUGACACCUGUGUAUAAACUGGCAGCUGGGACUCCGCCUUGCCCCCUGCCUCAGCACCACAAGCAGCUGGUCCCCGUGUCCAGCUUGAGGAACACCGUUUUGGAACUAGCUUUGUUUGACCAGCACCGGAGGAAGUUUGACAACUUCACCUCUCUGAUCCUGGAAUGGAUAUCACCCAAUCAGACCCUUGCUCACUUCACUCACCCGAGAUCUAUGCAGAUGGUACCAAAGGAUGAUGGAACCGGACAGACCAGGCUUCAUGGACACCAGCUCCUGGAGGUGCGUCAGAUCAAGGGGACAGUUUUGAUUGCCGUCAACUUUGUGAAAUAUUCCGAGAGAGGCAGCCCGAGAGAGGUCUCUAACUCUCCUGCCUCUGCGUCUGUGGAGCUGCUGCUGGUUGAGGAUGUGACCAUGGUUCCGGAUAACGUCACCAUGUACAAUCAUCCAGAUGUAAAGGAAGUGUUUGCGCUGGUGGAAGGGUCUGGCUACUUCCUCGUCAACAGCAGUGCAGAGGAAAUGGUGAACAUCACCUACCUGGAAACAGAGAGUGCCAUCCAGGUCAUUCCUGUCCUCCCUGGCUCUUUGACCUUGGAAGUCUAUGACCUGUGCCUGGCCUUCCUAGGACCCGCUACAGCCUACCUUCGUGUCUCUAACAUGUAUGAAUUGGAAGUGGAUCUCGUUGAUAAGAUUGAGAUUGGCAAAUCUGUGCUGGUCUCUGUGCGUGUCCUGGGACAUCAUCAACACCCUUUCCAGAGUAAAUACUUCAUCUACAUGCAGCUCCAGCUGAAGGCAGCCUCCCCUAUUGUUACACUUACGCUAAUGGAGGAAGUGGGUGACUAUUCCGAAGUCUAUGUGCUCCGAGCCAUGGCAGUGGGGCAGACGACUCUAGUGGCCACAGCCUGGGAUAAAAUGGGAAUCAAAUUCACUUCCGCACCUCGGAAGGUGGAGGUCUUUCCACCAUUCAAACUCAUCCCAGAGAAAAUGACCCUCAUUCCACACAACAUGAUGCAGGUGAUGUCAGAGGGUGGCCCACAGCCACAGUCCCUUAUUCACUUCUCAAUCAGCAACCAGUCUGUGGCCACAGUUAACGGAGUGGGGCAAGUCACCGCCAAGGCCGUGGGCAUGGCCACGAUUCUGGGGACCAUUCGGGCUGUCAAUGAAGACACGGGAAAAGUCAUCGUCUUUUCACAGGAUCAAGUAGAUCUGGAAGUUGUUCAGCUGCGAGCGAUAAGGAUUCACGCUCCUGCCACCAGGCUCAUCACUGGCACCAAGAUGCCUGUUUAUGUCAUUGGACUGACCAGCACUCUGACGCCAUUCUCCUUCGGGAACUCCAACCCAUCGCUGAUGUUCCACUGGGCAAUGAGCAAGCGGGACGUUCUCGACCUCCUUCCCAGACACUCGGAGGUUUCCCUACAGCUUGUUCCAGAAAGUAACUUUGCAAUGGUCUUGCACACAAGGGCAGCCGGGAGGACGAGCAUCAAAGUCACGGUGCAGGCUUUGGACCCGCGCGCAGGGCAGUUCGAAGGACACCUCUCUGAGCUCUCAGACGAAGUGCAAAUACUAGUCUUUGAUAAGCUCCAGCUCUUCUCCCCAGAGUGCCCCGCAGAGCAAAUUCUGAUGUCCAUGAACUCGCAGCUCAGGUUACUCACAAACAGAGACGGGGCAGCCUUUGUGAAUGCCCAGAUCCUGCAGUGCUUUCCAAACUCCUCUGUCAUUGAAGAGAAUAGGCACGGCCUCCUCAAGGCAGGAGCCGUCACAGGUACUGCGGUGCUGGAAGUGACCUCCUUGGAACUCUUCGGCGUCAACCAGACAGUCAUCACCGGAGUGCGGGUGGCUCCAGUGUCCUACCUGCGGAUGAGCAGCUCUCCCAAGCUCUAUACGGCCAGCCGGGUGCCCCUGAGUGCCUUUCCCUUGGGCAUGUCCCUCACCCUCACCAUCCAGUUCUACGACAGCACCGGGGAAAUGUUCCAUGUGCAGAGCACCCAACUUUACUUGGCCUUGAACAGAGAUGACCUGCUGCUCAUCCGACCCAGCAACAAGAAUUACACUUACAUUGCCCAGGCCGUGAACAGGGGGGUGACCCUGGUGGGCGUCUGGGAUGAGAAACACCCGGGCAUGGCAGAUUACAUCCCUGUCCCAGUGGAGCACGCCAUCGAGCCAGACCUCCGUGAGCCGCUCACCAUGGGAGACGUGGUGUGUUUCAGCACGCCUCUCGUCAACCGAGAAGGGGAACCCGGGACAUGGCAAAUUGUGCCUAGUGACAUCCUUGAGAUGGACACAGUGAGCGGAGCAGCAUUUGCAAAGAAUGCUGGGAAAGCCACGGUCUUCCAUGAUAUCCCCGGGAUCGUGAAAACUUACAGAGAGGUCGUCAUCAGCGGCUCCUCGAGACUAACCCUUCACCUUGGUCCCAAACGUUACCUCACCAACACUCCAAACUCCUCUGAGUUCCGGGUUUUCAUCGCCACAAGCGGCACAAAAACAAGCCUUCGAGGUCCUUGCAGUUCUGUCCAGCUUCAUGCCAUCACAGAUCUACUUGCCCCAGAAUCUCUGGUGACCUGUCAGGUGGAAUUCAGCGAGACAGUCCUAGACAUACCAGCGCACAAGAUCUUUCACGUCCGAUCCGCUUUCUACACUGAUAAAGGUCUCUAUGCCUGCAUAAUAAUGGUGAAAGAGCAGCCAGAAGCCGACCUGCUGGCCCUGAGCACUGCCGAGGGCUUGGUGUAUGUGGCUGCCUCUCUCCUCAGCGAGCAGAGCCACGACGGGGUGCAAAAGCUCUCGGUCCCCUUCUUGCCCGCCUUCUACAUCAACCAGUCCGAAGUGGUCUUCAGCAGCACGGAGCCGAGCAGCGAAAUCGUGGUCCUGGGGGCGAGGCGAGUGACUGAAGAAAUAGAGGCCCAGCCCAGCCACCCAGUGAUCACCGUGGGACGGCCCUUCCAUCUGCCUGACAUGCCCGGGCUUGUCAUCUACCCUGUCAGCGUGGUCAACCUCACAUCCCUCCAGCAGAUGGCAGCACCCGUCUUCAUCAACCUCUCCUGCAUCCUGACAGGCCAGAGGGCCGCUGUCUUAGCGAGGGCUCUGCCAGAAAAGCAUUUAUUUGAUCAGUGUGCUGAAGCAGGCCUUGUCAAGCAGCUGGUCGGCUCCUACCAGGUCCUCCUCUUCACCAUCUUUGCUGUUCUAGCAUCCACCAUGGCCAUCUUUCUAACCUACAAUGCUUUCUUGACCAGAGUACAGACAGUGCCGGUUGUCUACGUUCCCACGUCAGGCAUGAUACAGACAGGGUACCUUUCUCCUCCUCCAAGUGCUCAACAUCACUAUUCGGGUGUAAGGAACAGGACUCAGGCCUGGCUUUGGAGCGUAAGACGAUAGCCACCACUGGACGACAAAGGACCUCCAAUCAGUGUGUAAAAGAGUAAAUGGGUGGAAAAUUGUGGCAGGCGU